CGUCGCGAGCGAAGAUGGGAGGCUCGGGGUACGCCGGCUACGCGCCGGGGCAUAAGGUCGUCAUGGCGACGCCGCUGCAGCAGGCGCUGAAGGCGGUGAAGGACGACAAGUCCCUGGAGACGAUGGAGAAGCUCACGCGGAACUCCGCGCAGGCGCCCGCGGAGGAAAAGUUCAGAAGGGUUCGCCUCACGAACGAGAAGAUCGCCGCGGUCAUCACGAACGUCCCCGGCGCCGUCCGCGUCAUGCUCGAGAUGGGCUGGCGGCUUGUCGAAAACGACGAGUUUCUGAUCCUCCCGACCGGGACGUCCGUCACGAUGAAGGACGUGCGAGAGAUCGACGACGCGCGCCGCGCGCUCCGUAAACUCGAAGACGAGGAGAUGAAGAGACGCAUCGCGGCGAGGAACCGCGCGCGCCAGGACCCGGAGAAGGCGCGGCUGCUCGCGCAGAUGGAGGCGGACAAAGCCGAGCGCGCGGCCAAGGGGCCGGUGACGGCGGGCAGCGUCGCCGUGCCGAGAGGGGAGGGGAGGAUGAUGACCGCGGAGCAAGCCGGCGCGAGCGGGAGCUCCGGGGGCGGGGGGUGAUGCUAGAGCGCGGACGGUGGGCUCAGGGCGCGGCGGGCGAGGAGGGAGGGAAAUCCGCGGCGCGCGCGGGACGGGGGACGACGCGAAUCGAAUCGAUCGCGUUCGUCGCCUCGCCGGCGCCGCCGCGGAGACGCGAGUGACGCGCGCGCGGGUAAAGCUCGCUCCCGAACGCGGGAGCGGCUCGCGCGCGCUGAUGAACCUCUCCUCGAACGACACGACACGUCGCGACAAUGUCGCGACGACCGCGCUCGUGAGCUUGCAUCAUCCAUCGGUGGGGGGGACGACGGCGGCGGCGGACAUACGGACUCAUUCUUUCUUUCGGUAGCGUGCUGUAUUCUUUCGCGAACGAGUGUAUCAAUAUUAACGACGAUCAACGAUUC